UGUCUGUGACUGAACGAACCGGAUUCAUGUCGUCUGUCGGUUCGUGAUUCCUUCAGUUUGUCCUUCUUUUAUCUUAUGGUUCUGUUGGUUCUGUUGGUUCUGUUGGUUCUGUUGUUCUGUGUGGGUUCAUGAUGACGUGGAUCUUGUGCCGCUCCGCACCUUCUGUCACCGGCACCGACCUGAUCUGUUAAAGACGCUGAAUGGAUGAGUCCUGAAGCAGAAGCAGAUACAUGAGCUGAAACAGACUUCUACAGACCAAGGUCCAACAUGAGUGCUGCUCCUUCAUCAGUGGAGUCCAGACUGGAGGUCCUGGAGUGUCACUUCACCUGGGAUCUGGAUCCUAGCAGAGCCAACUUCUUACGUCUCAGAGACAAGCUGAUGGAUAUCGGUACCGAGGAGGGAAACAUGUGGCUGGGCCACAUUUACAACCUUCAGGGCUACAUCCACCACCAGCUGGGCCUGGUCCAAGAGGCCCUGCAGUUCUUCACCAGAGCUGCAGAGACCUUUCAUCAGAUCAGAACCAGCAACUCUGAUGAGGGGCCCUGGUUGGUGGUGAACUAUGGGAACCUGGCCUGGCUGUACCAUCACCUGGGAGACCAAGCACAAAGUGAGUCUUACCUGUCCAAAGUUGAUGCCCUCAAGACUAAGCAUCCAUCUCCAUCGCAGGACCAGCUCCACCCGGAGGUCGGUGCUGAAAAAGCCUGGACCCUGAUGAAGUUCAGUAAAGACAAGAAGCUUCUGGCUGUAGAUUUGUUUCAGGAGGCCAUCAAGAUACAGCCGGACAGGGUGGAGUGGUGCACCAGCCAGGUGUUAGCUUUAGUGAGUGCUCACAAACACAGUGAUACAGCACUGGAUGAUGAGAUCCUGGACAAAAUGAAGAUGGCCAAAGAACGAGAUCCUGAGAACCUGUACCUCGCUGUUCAGUGUCUGGAGCAGUGUGCAAAGAAAGGGGAAGACAUGAAGGAUGAGGCUCGUGAGCUGGCAGCAAAGAUACUGGUGAAUCCUGUCGGCAGCUACAACGGGAUGAAGGCCAUUCUGAGACUUUACAGAAGAAGUGUGUCUGUUGAUGAAGCCAUGGAUUUGGCAGAAGAGGCUCUGCUACAACAUCCUGAUAAUCGUUACCUGAAAAGAUGUGCAGCGCUCUGUUAUAAAUGGAAGAUCGUGUUUUACAGGGAUAGUACCGUAAAUGAAACCAUGCUAGACAGAGCAGUCAGUCUGCUGAAAGAAGUCAUCCAUCUUUACCCUGAUUCUUGUCUGCUGAAAGAACUGGACCUCGCCAAUAUUUAUGCCAAAUCCAAUCACAGUCUGCCUAAAGCUGAGGAGAUCUACAAGAAUCUUCUACAACGUGACCUGGAACCUGCAGACAGACAGUUGCUGUACAACCAGUAUGGAAAAUAUUUGAAGUGUGAUCGACAGGACAGUCACAGAGCUAGAGAAUAUCAAAAGAAGGCAGCAGAAAUAUCACAUGAGUCCUUUUACAGACAGAACAGUAUCAAAGAUUUGGAGCAAUUUAAAAGGGGAAGCUGGAACACAGUGUGCGAAGAGAUAGGGUUGUCGCCAAUGGAGUCCAGACUGGAAGUCCUGGAGUGUCACUUCACCUGGGAUCUGGAUCCCAACAGAUCCAAGCUCUUCAGGCUCAGAGACCAGCUGAUGGACAUCGGUACCGAGGAGGGAAACAUGUGGCUGGGCCACAUUUACAACCUUCAGGGCUACAUCCACCACCAGCUGGGCCUGGUCCAAGAGGCCCUGCAGUUCUUCACCAGAGCUGCUGAGACCUUUCAUCAGAUCAGAACCAGCGACUCUGAUGAGGGGCCGUGGUUGGUGGUGAACUAUGGGAACCUGGCCUGGCUGUACCAUCACCUGGGAGACCAAGCACAAAGUGAGUCUUACCUGUCCAAAGUUGAUGCCCUCAGGACUAAACAUCCAUCUCCAUCGCAGGACCAACUCCACCCAGAGGUCAGUGCUGAAAAAGCCUGGACCCUGAUGAAGUCUAAUAAAAUCAGGAAGCUUCUGGCUGUAGAAUUGUUUGGGAAGGCCAUCAAGAUACAGCCGGACAGGGUGGAGUGGUGCACCAGCCAGGUGUUAGCUUUAGUGAGCGCUCACAAACACAGUGAUACAGCACUGGAUGAUGAGAUCCUGGACAAAAUGAAGAUGGCCAAAGAACAAGACCCUGAGAACCUGUACCUCGCUGUUCGGUAUCUCAGUCGACGUGCGGACAAAGAAGAAGACGUGAAGGAUGAGGCUCGCAAGCUGGCAGCAAAGAUACUGGUGAAUCCUGUCAGCAGCUACAACGGGAUGAAGGCCAUUCUGAGACUUUACAGAAGAAUUAUGUCUGAUGAUGAAGCCAUGGAUUUGGCAGAAGAGGCUCUGCUACAACAUCCUGAUAAUCGUUACCUGAAAAGAUGUGCAGCGCUCUGUUACAAAUGGAAGAUAGCGUCUCACAGGGAUGGUGCCGUAAAUCAAAGUACUAUCGACAGAGCAGUCAGUCUGCUGAAAGAAGUCAUCCAUCUCUACCCUGAUUCUUGUCUGGUGAAAGAACUGGACCUCGCCUACGUUUAUGCCAAGUCCAAUCACAGUCUGCCUGAAGCUGAGGAGAUCUACAAGAACCUUCUACAGCGUGACCUGGAACCUGCAGACAGACAGAUGCUUUACAGCCGAUAUGCAAAUUAUCUGCAUUUUGAUCGUCAACACUACAACAAAUCCCUGAGGUAUCACAUGAAGGCUGCAGAGAUACCACAUGAGUCCUUUCAUAGAACAAACAGCAUCAGAAUCUUAGAGAACACUAGAAGGAGAGGCCGGAACAGAAUGUGUGGAGAGAUCGGAGUGUUUCUGGAGAACCUGGAGGAGUCCAGUCAACCCCCCUCAGCUGGGUAUCAGUGACCAUGUUUCCUGAAGCUGUUGGACUAGAGGUGGGUGAUAUAUAUCGCCUAUGAUAAUAUCGUAAAUGUUGAUUUGACGAUGUGUAGUUUUCCAAUUUUAAGGGUUGUAAAUGAGACAAAUUCAUGGGCCUGAGCAUUUGUGGGGGGCUAUAGAGCAGUGGAGGGGGUCCAGUGGAUACAGGUUAGAAGGUGUGAACUUUUGGCGUAAGAUCUGCUGAAUAAGAGCGGAACAGAACCAGGAGUUGGAUGUAGAAAGAAUGUAUGUUUCAGUUGUUUCACGCCAGCAUUAGUUACAUUAGUUAUGGACCGCACCCCCACACAUAUAACCCCCCCCCCCCUCCCCAAUGUUUUGCAUGAGAUGUAUGAAGCACUUUAAAAGCAAACAAGAGCUGUUGUUCUGAAACGCUGUGUCUGUCCAUAGAUGUCCUGGUAAGAAAGUAGAGUUUUACAGCAUUUUUAGUUAAAAAAAAAAAAAAAAAAAAGAAAGUCACAUUUAAAGGAUAUCGUCAGAUUAUCGUUAUCGGGAAAU